UAGAACUCAGUAGGGGCAAGGAGUGUAGCUAAGUCUGUAUCUUUAUUUCUGAGUUCUCUCCCAACUGAGCGCAGCAAUUUCCUUCAAUCAAUCAGAAAGGUUUUAACUCUCCCUCUUAUUUUCCGAUUCUGAUAAAUUCCUAUUGAAAAUCGUUUUUCUCCCGUUUCUUGUUCAAAGAAAUGGAAGGGACGUCGAACGGAGAUGAAUCUAAUUCGUGGGAUGAGCUCUAUAACUUCAAUUUGGUGCCUACCGAGAUAUUUCUCAAGUUCAGGAAAGAGAUUCAAGGGUUCCGCGUUGGCCUUAAUUUAGAGUUGUAUAAUGCUCCCCUGAACGACUACCAUGCAAAAUUGGUUUUGAAACCUUUAGCAUUUGAACGGAAAUGGAAGUUAAUAUAUGAGCCUCUAUACCAAGAUGUGCAGCUUGUUUCUAAGAAAAUUCCCAUAACGAAGUUCCUUAACCUCCAGGUAGGAGUGGGCCAUAGCUUUCAGUUGCAGGCAACAGGUUGGAAAUGGAAGCUUACAACAUCUUUGGGUGGAGAUGGUAUAUCCAGGAUUCGAAAUAAAACAUCUCUUGGUUUAUGUCCCGGAGUGGAUUUCCGGUUUGGGUGGAGGGCUGAUUAUGUUCUCCCUGAAAUUACCGGGGGUGUCGGCUCUGAUGAACCAUUGUUUAACAUGAAUUCUGGCCGAUUACAAGCGUCACUUGACAGAGUUGAGGCCAUUUUUACGCAUACUGAUGAAGAAUAAAUCAAGUUGAUCGGAGGUGUGCAUCAUCUGCAAAGUAAACCAGCAGCAGGCUGACCAUGCAAUUUGCUAUUUCAUCUUUAUGCUGCUUGCCCCAACUUUUUUUGUUUAAGAAUACAAUUUGGUACAUAUCAGAGCCGGUAGGAAGAUACUUUUGAUAUGGAAGAAGGUAGAUCAUCACUUUAAUUGAGCUAGUGACCAGUUUGAUUGAUGUUUUGGGUUGCUUCUGUUUGUGUUGAUGCCAAAUUAUAAUUUGACAUUGUUAAUUAUUUCAAAAUAUGCCUAGGUGAAUUUGUUGCAACGUGUCCAAUCCAAACAAACUUUAGACAAGUGAAUCAAAAUAUGCCUACUAUGAACUAUU